CUUCUAUUCUUCAAUCUAAAACCAUGGCUUCCAUUACCAUUUCAUCUCUCUCCAUCUUGUCUCUCCUCUUCUUCCUCUCUUUCUCUCAAUCUCUAGCUGACAUAGCUCCGUCAGUCCCAGUCGUCCCAAGCACUGCAUGCAAUGCAACACACGACCCCAACUUCUGCAAAUCCAUCCUCCCAUCCAAUGGAUCCUCCAACCUCUUUGACUAUGGCCGCUUCUGCGUCCGUCGCUCACUUUCAACAGCAAGGAAGUUUUCUGCCUUGGUUGAUGGAUAUCUCAAACGCCGGUCAUCUUUAACAAAUACAGCCAUUCAAGCACUUGAAGAUUGCCAGCUACUAUCUGAACUCAAUGCAGAUUUCUUGGUGAAUGCUGCAGCAGCACUUGAUUCUGGUAAUAGUCUUCUUGAUAAGCAGACGGGCUAUGUGGAGGCAUUACUAAGUGCGAUUCUUACUAAUCAGCAGACAUGCUUAGAUGGCCUUCAAGCGACUUCGUCAGCUUGGAGUAUCAGAAAUAAUCUCGCUACUCCGCUCUCUAACAGCACUCGGCUUUUUAGCGUUUCUCUUGCGUUAUUCACACGUGCAUGGGGACGUACUAAGAAGAGAGGGAGGCAGCAGUCGGGGAGGAAGCUCAUGUUCUCUGAGAUUGAAAUUCCACGAGAUGGGCGGUUGCCUUUGAGAAUGUCCGAGACAAACCGCCAGCUCUUUGAGUCGAGGAGCGGACGGAAGCUUCUCCAGACGGGGACGGAUACUGUCUUGGUUAGAGAUAUUGUCACUGUUAGUAAAGAUGGAAGUGGGAACUUCACUACCAUCAACGAUGCUGUUGCUGCUGCUCCUAGCAAUACUGAUAUCAGUGAUGGGUACUUUCUGAUUUAUAUCAAAGGUGGAGUGUAUGAAGAGUACGUCUCUGUAAAUAAGACGAAGAAGAACUUGAUGAUGAUAGGAGAUGGAAUCAACCAGACUGUGAUUACAGGAAAUAGGAGCGUUGUUGAUGGAUCGACUACUUUCAAUUCGGCUACCUUGGCUGUGGUUGGACAAGGAUUCGUAGCCAUAAACAUAACAAUCCGCAACACCGCCGGCGCUGUCAAGCACCAGGCAGUGGCCCUCCGAAAUGGGGCGGACCUUUCGGUGUUCUACAGUUGCAGUUUUGAGGCUUACCAAGACACCUUAUAUACUCAUUCCCUCAGGCAAUUCUACAGAAAUUGCGAUAUCUACGGGACUGUCGAUUUUAUCUUCGGAAACGCCGCAGUACUCUUUCAAAAUUGCAACAUCUACCCGAGGCUACCGAUGCAGGGCCAGACCAAUGUGGUCACAGCCCAAGGUCGAACUGACCCAAACCAAAAUACAGGUAUUUCAAUCCAUAACUGUAAGGUUAUCGCAGCUGCCGAACUAGCAUCGAGCGGUGGUUCUACUAAAACAUAUCUUGGGAGACCAUGGAAGGAGUAUUCAAGGACGGUAUACAUACAAUCAUUCCUCGACGGCUUAAUAGAUCCUACUGGUUGGCUACCGUGGUCCGGCGACUUCGCACUAAGUACUCUAUACUACGCAGAGUACAACAACAGCGGGCCUGGAUCGGGGACUGGCAGUAGAGUACCUUGGCCUGGGUAUCAUGUGAUCAACGCCUCAGAUGCCAGCAACUUCACCGUUUCGAACUUCCUGUUGGGGGAUAAUUGGAUACCUUCAUCAGGAGUGCCAUUCACCGGCAGCUUACUGUAACAAACGCCGUUCAAUCCUUUUUCUUUAAUUUCUUCUUCUUCUUCUGAUAAUUGUUAUUGUUUAAGAAAUCAUGUAAUAAGCAAUGUGUAUUGCCUUCUUGGAAGAGGUGGACGACAUUUGGCAAGAUUUAUUUUGUAAGAAUUACAAAAUCUCUCCUGUUUAGAUGUUAAACACUUUUAUAUAUGGGAAUUCCAAAUGUUAAUU